AAUGCAACAUUUGAGCGGCGAAAAAAUUUUUCUCAGUUCAUUCCGCAUUUAAGUCAGCAAAUAUCGCCUAGAUUUCUUUCUUUCGUUGUUGAGUCGUCGAACCGAGUAAUUCGGUUAAAGCAAAGUAAACAUGGUAAACGGACGUAUACCAUCCGUGUUCUCAAAAACAUAUGUAACUCCUCGUCGCCCCUAUGAGAAGGCACGUUUGGAUCAAGAAUUGAAAACUAUUGGUGAAUAUGGUCUUCGUAACAAGCGUGAAGUAUGGCGUGUAAAAUAUGCUUUGGCCAAAAUCCGUAAAGCUGCGCGUGAAUUGCUCACUUUAGAUGAGAAAGAUGAAAAGAGAUUGUUCCAAGGUAACGCUUUGUUGCGUCGUUUGGUACGUAUUGGUGUAUUGGAUGAAUCCCGUAUGAAGCUCGAUUACGUGUUGGGUUUGAAAAUUGAAGAUUUCUUAGAGCGUCGUCUUCAAACUCAAGUAUUCAAAUUGGGUUUGGCCAAGUCUAUCCAUCAUGCUCGCGUUUUGAUCCGUCAAAGACAUAUUCGUGUACGCAAGCAAGUGGUGAACAUUCCAUCAUUCGUUGUGCGAUUAGAUUCACAGAAACACAUUGAUUUCUCACUUAAAUCACCAUUCGGUGGUGGCCGUCCUGGCCGUGUAAAGAGGAAGAACAUGAAGAAGAACCAAGGCGGAGCCGGUGGAGCUGGUGAGGAAGAAGAAGACUAAACUACGCGGCUUUGUGAUCUGUAUUUUACAAACAGCAAACAAAUAUUUUUUGUUUAGUAAUAAAGUAAACGAUCGUCUUAUCUGAUAAAA